ACCACUUUCCAAAAAUAAGCGACUCAACAGAACCAAAUCAAAUACUAAUAUUGCAGACUUUUCUGUCCCGAGUUCGGAUCCCCAAAACAAGCAACAAUACGGAUUAAAAAAAUGGCCGCAGGCGAGGAAGGAAGCCCUCUUUUGCCCAAGCAGGAAGAGUCUGUUAAGGAGGAAAAUAUUCCUAAGCAAGAAGAAGGAGCAGGAUGGACCGUCGAUGGUCUACCUCUCGGCCAUGGAAAUGUGGUGGGAGCACCUGUUUCUCGCUCUCACUGGGAUUCUCCUCUCUUUGCGUGUCUUGGAAGAAAUGAUGAAUUCUGCAGCAGCGAUCUCGAAGUUUGUCUACUUGGAACAGUUGCUCCCUGCAUGUUAUAUGGUAGCAAUGUUGAAAGGUUGAGCUUAGCUCCUGGGACUUUUGCCAACCAUUGCUUGCCAUACACCAGCCUUUAUCUCCUUGGCAAUUUCCUGUUUGGCUGGAAUUGUUUGGCACCAUGGUUUUCGUAUCCCAGCCGUACAGCAAUUCGCAGGAAAUUCAAUCUGGAGGGAAGCUGUGAAGCAUUUAGCAGGUCAUGCGGAUGCUGUGGAGGAACUAUGGAGGAUGAUGAACAACGUGAACAAUGUGAAUCAUCUUGUGAUUUUGCUACACACUUUUUCUGCCACCGUUGCGCCCUUUGUCAGGAAGGUCGUGAGCUUCGACGAAGGUUGCCUCACCCUGGCUUCAAUGGAAGAUCUGUCCUGGUCAUGCUUCCUCCUGUGGAGCAGAUGAUGGCCAGAGAAGCAUGAUUUUCAUUGUAAUUUUCUUGGUGGACUUGAUUUGAUAUCCUUGAUAUUUCCUAUUGUUUGUACACACAUACAGGAGCCAAUCUUGAAAACCUUUAGAUUUGUAUUGCGUAAUGUAUUAUAAUGACUGCCCACUUUACAUAAAUAAGGCGUCAAUAAUACUGCUGAUUUGGUGUUCUUAGCUUUUGUUCGUUUAUAAUUGUUAGAUUAUAUUAGCUACACUUGCAAGUUGGAACAGUGGAAAAUUUGCUAAAAUAUUACCAAUCAUAGCAUUGACUGAAAAACAAUAAGAGAUCAUUUCAGUAAA